CAAUUUCUCGAAAAAUACGAAACUUACAAUGUAGAAUCAACAUGAGAACGUCUUGAAAUAUUUCAAGGAUUAGAGUAAAAUAUUCGAGAAUUCUUCUCUAUAAAAAAAGUGCUGGAUGAUGGGUUAGGAAGUCGACUUAUUUCGAAUGUUGCUGCAUAGGAAGCAAACAAUAUUAAAAAUGGAUUUCAGUUUUUGGGAAGCCGCUCUAAUACUCACACUUUCGUUUAUAACCGUCUGCGUUUUAUAUUAUUGGUGUACUUCAACGUGUUGCCAAAGGAGCGAACCGGAACUGGAUAUCGAUGACUCUAUGGAUUCUAAUCAAAGAACACCAGCUAUUUUCACCAUCACCACCGUUUUAAUGGGAGACAGCCGAUCUACUACGCAACGUUACACGACAACACGCACGAAUGCAGAGUUGGUCCCUGGAGAUUAUCCGCCUACGUAUGAAGAAGCCGUCAGACGGAUAAGAGUUUCUUAGCUUGGUGCGCCCUCAAUUGUGGAAACCAACUUCGAAAUAAUGAUCAUUUAAUAUUACAUUUAGAAAAUAAAGACAUUCCUAACGUUGUAUCCAA